GUUGCCACUGGUUGAUGAUGUAAAUUGUAGGCGCCAGUCAAUUCGCAUCGACCGGGAUGGCGACGAAUCAACCAAAGCAAGGAAGUGAGAACGAUGAUUGCUCUUUUCUCCCUUUGGUUCAUGACAUUAUAAAAUGCAUGGACAAAGAUAGUCAAGAUGUCCAUCAAGAACUGGUCAAGUUUAAGACAAGGAUUCAGGAAGCGCGCGAGCAGAUCGGAGCCAUGCCCGGAAUUGACAUGAGCCUGUCGGAGCAGCAGCAUGAACUAGAGACGCUGCGGGAGCAAGUCCGCACCAAGAAUCAGCUACUGCAGAAAUACAAGAGUUUGUGUAUGUUUGAGGUUCCCAAAGCGUCGUGAGGGAUUUUUGACAGUACUAAAGAAACUAACUGAAUUCAGGAGACACUUGGAGAGGAACACACAUGUACUGAAAAUUAUAUAUUUUUAUAUUUAGAGGACUGAGAAAAUUACCAUCCAUUUGAAAUCGUGAGAAAUUAUCUUGUUUAUAUGGAUUCUUUUUGGGGAUUCCAUCUCUUGGCUCCGUGUUCUCAUUUGCCUUUCCAACCUAACAGCUCAUGCAGUAUAACUUGAACUCAUCCCGUGUGUCAAAACCACCAGAAAACAUUUUAUUUCACUAUAACACUACCUUCAGGCUUUAUCUUGUUGUAUUGUAAACUGUCCCAUUUCUACUUUGUAAAAAAUGUAUUAUCCAUACUGAAUUAUAAUGCCCUCUCAAGUUUGUAUAUGCAGUGAAUGAUUAUUUGAUGUAAUGGUUUUGUUGGUGUGCUCUUCAGAUUGCGUGCUGCAGAUUGUCAAUGCAGUAGGCCUAAAAUUAAACCUUUGUUUUAAUUUCUUGUGA